CCACAUUUUCGUAACGCUGCUACUAUCGCCUGGAUAACAUCAUGACAACAACGUUGCCCUCAGAUCUCUCACCUCCAGCGCCCGCACCGCCACCUCCGAAGCAUGCUCCAACAACUUAUUACAUGGCACCAGAACAUGCAGCAUGGGAACAGCAGUCGCCUAUUGAAACUUCAGAAAAGGGAGGAGGGUAUGGACAACCUUACGCUGCUGAAGAAGGAACAGCAGCGCCAGCAACAUCUAAACAGCAACCACCGAAACGACCGCCAUUAACAGAACGGAAUCGAUGUGUACGAUGGCUUUGUUGUGCCUGCUGUCUGCCUGUUUGGGCACGGUGGAUCGUAUGGUUCAUUAUUAUUGCAAUCAUCAUUCUCAUCAUCAUAUUUGCAGCAUUACUGGCUACAUUCACCAUGCCAACGAUGGAUUUUGCAGGCGUGACAAGCUCACCUACCAACCAGUCAGAAGUUUCGUACGAUGGUCAUGUGCUUAGCUUCAAUUUUGGACUAAUAAUACAUGUACAGAAUCCCAACGUGCUUGGCAUCGAUUUGUCGCAGAUCAAUGCAACCGCAUACUAUCCUGACAAUUCAAGCCCUAAUGGCAAGUUGGCGCUGGGUGGAGGCUAUAUGGAUCAUCAUUAUGUGGAAUCGAACAGUAACGCCAACUUUACGUUCCCUUUUGCGAUUAAUUACGAUCCAUUUUCAGCAUCGCACACCACUAUUUUAAACGUGCUGAUUGAUAAAUGUGGAUUGACGGGUGGAGAAGCUCAAGACUUGACGGUGGACUAUACAAUCAAUCUAGCUGCCAAAGUCCUGUUUGUAAAGGUGCAUCCAACGAUAUCAUCUUCGGCAACGUUUAAGUGUCCGCUUACAGAGGAUCAAGGACUACCGGGAUUUGGUGGUGGAUCAUCAUCGUUGGGCGGAAUGCUUGGAUAAGCAAUGUGUUUAUACGUAUUACAUAAUGCUUACCCACCUCUCAAUUUUUGUACAAGUACACGUUUUAUAGCCCUCAUCAUCUUUCUAUUGUAAAUUUUCCAAAAACUCUAAUUUCAUCUAACAUAAAAAAUGUAUGCU